CGCUGGGCUGCGAACAGGCACUAGCAUGGCGCGCAGCCAGCUAUUCAGGGCCUGCUCUGCAGUUCGCAGGGCCUGCUGGCAGUGGGAGCAGCGUGUGGACCUGUCCAGCCUAGCCUUUUCUGAUGCUCGCCCGGCAACAUUCGUCUUUUUAGGACCGCCAGGCGUGGGCAAGGGCACCUACAGUGGUCGCGUGUCUGACUACUUUGGUCUGGCCCACAUUGCAUCCGGCGAUCUGGUGCGUGAUGAAAUGCGCAAGGGCACGGAGAUUGGCAAGGAGAUGGAGGAGUGCGUGAAGCGGGGCGACCUGCUGCCAGAUGCGCUCAUCCUGCGCGUCAUCCGCGAGCACUUUAUGACGGCGCACAGCGAGGGCACAGACCGCUUCCUGCUGGACGGUUUCCCGCGCACAGUGGAGCAGGCAGAGGCGCUGGAGCAGAUUGCCGACGUGCAGCUGGCUGUCAACCUGGCCCUGCGUGAGGAGGUGCUGGUGGAGAAGUGCCUGGGGCGGCGGCUGUGCAAAAAGUGCGGCAAGAACUACAACAUCGCCAACAUCUACCUGCCAGCCAGCAACGGGCGCCCCGAAAUCGUGAUGCCGCCACUGAGCCCGCCGGCCGAGUGCGUGGAGCACAUGGAGCAGCGCUCGGAUGAUACUGAGCCCGUGAUUCGGCGGCGGCUGGAGGUGUAUGCGCGCGAGGCGCAGCCAGUGGAGCGCUUCUAUGCGGAGCGCGGCAAGCUGCUGGACUUUGAGAUCUUUGGGGGCAUCCCACAGACGCUGCCACGCCUGCUUGAGGUGCUCAAGCCAAAGAUGGAGAUGCCACAGCCCAUUAGCAGGCACAGCAGCGCGGCAUGACGCCCAGUCGGCCACAACACUUCUUCUUUGCUUGUCCUGUAUCAAAUUCUGUUUGGUUUGCACUACAUGCCCACCUGCUCCAUUUCUUUUUCAAAGCACAUUGCUGCCUGUCCGCCUGCUGCCAUUGUCUGCUUGCUGUAUGUUAAUUGUUUUUGUGAACCAUCUACCCCGUU